ACUAAAGAAUUAAUCAACUAAAGGUAUUCUUUCUAUGUGGGUUUGAUAUACAAAUCAGAUUCACGGGAUUGUAUAUAAAAUCCGAUAUAAAUACUAACCUAUACUUUCUUCCUUUCGAAAGCGUUAACUUCAUCUUCUCUUUCGCGAACUACCUGAUUACCACUGGUAGAUCUUUUCUGUUUUAAUGGCAUCGAUGUUCGAUCUUUUCUCAAGCCUGUUUGAUCCCCAUGGCCGAUAUCAAGCUGAAGAAAUGGUCACGUUCCAGGAGAGUGAAAAAACCAAUCAUCAUCCAAACUAUAUAUCGAAGACAACUCAAUUUUCGACUGCUUUUUGUUUUAAACGUAUUUUAGAUGAUCCUAUUGGAGAACCAAAACCAAUUUGUUUUCAAGGUAUUUUUGAUGAACGUAUUAGAGAACCAAAACCAAAUUCAGCAGAUCCGUGGGAUUUUAAAGGUUAUGUUAUCAAAGAUAUCGACAUCAAAGAUUCUGGAAAACGGAGAAGUAAAACUGAUUCACUUGCUGUUAAAGAACUAAAAAAAUAUCGUCGUGAUGGGUUUACUAAGAUUAGACUUCGGGAUUUAAGUUAUCGUGCUAAGGAGUACCUUGGAUUUCUUCCACCGACGAAUAAAAACGACAAGGAGUUAUACGUUACAUAUUCAGAUGCUCCCAGUCCGAGUAGUACUCAUGCCGCCCAGCCUACUACUUUCUGGGGUACCCCGGCUCCUACUAGUACUCUUGCUGCUACGGCUACGGCACUUUGGGAUAUUCCGACUCCGAAUAGUACUGCUGCUACGGCAACUACUUAUUGGGAUGCUCUGCCUCCGAGUAGUACUGCUGCUAAGGCUGCCACGUUCUGGGAUGCUCCGGCUGCUGCUAACGCUACUACUUAUUUUGGAACCAUUUAUUGGGAAGUAGAGACCAUCGUCAAAUCAUUUGAUGAGUUGCCGGAGGAUAUGAUACAAACAAUACUGGCAAAACUUCCAACUAAAGAUAUCUACCAUGGACGCUCUGUAUGUAAGGCUUGGGAUUCAAUCAUAACAACUGAGUUAAGUUUCCGAUCCGCCUUCAAUGAAUCCUCCAACGAAUAUUCCUUUCAUCGACGUCCAUGGUUCUUACUGUUGGAUACGAAAAAUUCAUCUCUAGAACUCCGAUCUGAAGCAGUAUAUGACAUGGAAGCAGAUGCCCCAGGUUCAUGGUGCCAAAUAAAAAUCAAAAUUCCCGUACCAACAACAAGAACAACUACAACAAGAACCCAUAAUGUUAUCAUUUCUUCUGGUGGACUGAUGUGUGUAUGGUCCGGAAGUAAUAACUUCAUUGUUUCUAAUCCCUUUACUGGUUCCUCGCAUCGCUUACCAUUGUUGUCAAAUACUGAUGGUGACCACUAUUUUAAAGGGAUGGCAAUGCACGUCUUACCAUAUUCGAAGACUUCUGGAAGACUAAGCUACCAAGUAUUUGUACUCGUUGCCAAGAAAUCUGACGCACGCGUGUUGCGGAUCAAAACCUAUGCAUCAUCAUUGACGGAUCAAGAACAUGGCUACUGGAAGGAGAUAUUGAAAAUGGAUUUAGAUCCGUCCAAAACAGGAAGAAUUUCAGGUGUUACUACCAUAGGCCGAGAAAAGCAGAUUUUGUUGUAUUUCAUCAGUGGGGAUGGGUUUAAGGCAAUCUCUUAUGAUAUCCGUAGUGGUACCGUUUGCAUGACCUCAAAAUUUCUCCCACCACUUCAAAGUUGCAAAGCCUCACAGUUGGUUGUAUGUGAUGGAACCCUUUUUGCGGUUAUCCUCAGUGGUGAUAUUGGACAACCAGUAUUUGCACCUAACCAACUUCAGAUUUUCGAGUCCUCUGGUGACGAGAUUAUGAGUGAAAAUGCAAUAUGGAGACAUGUUACAACCAUGCCGGGAAGAAUACCUCAAAAGUAUGACACCAUUAGCUGUGCUGGCUGUGGGGAUUACAUAAUGGUCUAUGUGACUUGUGCUUCAUCAGAAUUUGCCACUCCUUCAAAUUAUGCCGUGAUGUUCAAUAAGAAGGAGAAAGCUUGGGUUUUGCUGCAAUCUCAACGUAGCCCUUCUGGUCACACCGGACGCACUUACAAAAUGGAGAUUCACGCUUUGAAGCCUACCAUUGGUUGAGUGAUUUUGGCAACCUUAUUAGUUAUAAUGGUUUUCUUUUUCAUAUUAUAAAUAAAUCUCCCACAACAUCUCCCCAAAGUUGUUGGUGAAAUAUUGCUGCUUUUGGUAUGGGCCUAUGGGGUUUGCAUUUCUGUUUUACUUUUUGGAAUAGUAAAUAAAAAAGAAGAGGUUUAGCUAUCUGGCCUUACAGGUAGCUAGGCCCCUUCUUAUAAAAAUUAA